AUGUCAACCGCCAUUCGAGCCGCCCGCGUGCUUCCCUCCAGCCAAGCAGAUAUUAUCCAAGAUGGUGUUGUUGUCGUGUGCGCUGACCGCAUCGUAAAGGUUGGAACAUGGGAUUCGUUGAAAGAUUCUCACGGAGCCUCGACAGUAGAAGACCUUGGGAAUGUGACCCUAAUGCCGGGUCUUUUUGACUGCCAUCCCCUCCAGCUUCACCUCCAAAUGGACCCAACAAAAAUUUCGACCUCUACCAAAAGUAACCUCUCAGACGCCGAGAUUCUCUCACUCAUGGUCAAGCACUCGGCCCGUCUCCUCGAUGCCGGCGUCACGACCGUCCGUGACCUUGGCUCUCGCGGCAACAAUGCUAUAAUUACUCGGGAACGGAUCCGUCGUGGCUCCAUCCCCGGUCCCCGUCUGCAGUGUGCCAACGCGCCCCUCACCGUGCCCGGCGGUCACUGCGCGGCCAUGGGCGGCACCUGCGAGGGCGUUGAUGGCGUUGUUGCCGAGGUCCGCAAGCGCGCUGCUGAGGGUGCUGACCUCCUCAAGGUCAUGUCUACUGGGGGGUUCAUGACGGCGGGCUCGCACCCGAGCAAGGCGCGCUUCACACUUGAAGAGAUGCGCGCCAUUAAACAGGAGGCUAAGAAGCACGGUAUGCCUGUGACGACUCAUGCGACCGGCACCGAGGGCAUCGACAUGGCUGCCGAUGCCGACUUUGACUGUAUUGAGCACUGC